AUGGCCUCUAAUCAUCAUCGUUCGAACAAGCGCCCGAGGCUUCUAGAGCCCCCGGGAUACAGCGGCAGCCCAGCUGACAGUUUUUGGGGCUCUGCUAACCAGCCGGGAACCUCUCACAACCGCAGUCAGGACAUCAUAACAUCACAUUCACCUGCGACUCAAGUGUCUCCAGGAGCUGCUGUUUCUCGUGGUUAUAGAGUGUCCGCUCAGUUCCAAGAGCCGAGUAACAACUGGAGAGACUCCAGCCAUGCUAGCUUCAACUCAGGCUCGCAAACCACCUUUUCGCAGUAUCCUAAUGUCAGCUUGUCCUCGGUGCCAGAGUCGGAACGGAAAACAGGUCCCUUGAACGCUCAGUUUACGUCAUUUGGAGCCCUUACCACCGCAAGUUCAUUUGAAACCACGGCAAUUAAUAGCAACUGGCCCGAAGACGGUUCUCCAGCUCCUACGCAGCUUUCACAGCCUAUUAAUUGGUACAUUCCAGAGGUGUCAGAUACCUAUGCCUCAACCAGUCAAAUCCCGAACAUUCAUGACUUCUCACAGCUGAAUUGUCGCCUCCGGGCGACGUAUGUUUCACCUGCCAUCACAGCCCAGCCGCCAGGUUUCCCAACAUUGCUUGGAUCAGCCACAUUUCUCAACUCUUCAGACAUUAAUUCGCAAGGUCUACAAUUUCUUCCCAAAACAUUUCUGGAUUCAUUUGCCCAAGAUCCGACAUUCCAGGCCCCUCUGUCGCACGAAAUUCCGCCGAAGUUUGGUGUGUUAUCGGGCGAGGCAAGCGACAUUGAAGUGGAUGAAGAAGCCGAGGAAACUGAUUGCUUUGACGAUGAAGAAGAGAAAUCCCAUCCUGAGUCAGAAGUAACAUGCUUUGGCAUGUUUGUAGGCAUUGCGGCAACAUGCCAACCGUAUUCUCGGGCGAAUCCGGCUACUUACGCAGUUGUACUUGGAACCCGUUCAUCCUUUAGCGGGACUGAUAACUCAAACAUCACCGGGACGGUAUGCUCUGAGUUCACUUAUCUCACGGACGCCCUUUUGGCAGAUGCGGAUACAGAGCUCCAGGUUCUCUGUUGUAUAACAGAAGAUGCGCUCAAAGUUGCAAACAAUGGAAAACGCUUCCGUGGGUCAAAUUUCACGACAAAGUGUUCAUUGAACAUCAUCCUUUACGGGCAAGGCAACCAUGCCGAAGACAUUUUGCUGUUCAUUGAUCAGUGCAAUGAGGAGCUCGACUAUGCGCAAAGGUUGUAUCUUCAGGAUCCCAUCGGUUGCGACCGAAAUGUGCGGUACUGCAACCCUCAACGACUGCCCCCAUUGGGCCCAAACGAUUAUCAGUAUACACUAGAUCUCAGGGGGGAGCGUCAGAACUUAGUAGAAAUGGAAGACCUGGAACCGCCACCAGAACUAUUGGAGCUUCUGGACUCCCAAGAGGACUUGCCGGAAGCCUUGCAGCCGCCGGCAAUAGUGACAACACUUAAAAGGCAUCAAAAGCAAGCUUUGACGUUCAUGUUACGACGAGAGCAAGGCUGGGUUUUUGAUGGAACAAGACCUGACAUCUGGGAAGCAGAAGAGACUGAACGUGGAAUAAGGUUUAUUAACCGAGUAUCUGGUGCUCGUCAUGAUCACGAACCUCCCAGCUUUUACGGCGGCAUCAUUGCGGAUCCGAUGGGUCUCGGGAAAACGCUCGCAAUGAUCACUCUCGUUGCCUCGGAUGCAUACUUCAUGGCGCAGAGUGAAGAUUCUAGCUUACCUGGCGUUUUAGGCGAGGAAUCUUGUGGCUUGACUCUGAUUGUCGUUCCACCAGCGCUUCUCGGAAUGUGGGAUGAAGAGCUUAUGAGGUACGAGGGCUCUCAGAAACAGGCAAAAGCCACUGCCAUUUUCCCUGCCUGUGCCAAUGAACAGGGGCUGAUCUAG